CCGCGGCGUCGACUGAUGCGCCGGCCUGUCGCACGUGCCCUCUCCGUAACGUCAAGUGUCCGACCUCUGUAACCGACCGUUUAUGACAUUCGACAACCCCGCCCUGGUGCAUUUUCUCGAGUUGCAUUUCUAUCAGUGCCAGGAGUGCGUCGUCCGCAAACUUUCCGUUCCGGCGGCGGUGGCUCCCCCCGCGUUUAUUUAUGUUGUCGUUUUGGUGUGGUGAAUAUUUGUGUUUGUACGGACGAUAACCGUAUUAUCUGUGCGAUCGGAGUCGAGUGGAUAUUUUUAACGAGCGACGCCUUUUUCGCGAAGGUUGAGACUUGAGUGUCGAGCGGCGUGUGCGUCUGCCCCGCGAAUGCGGCGCGCGCGCGUGCGAGCGAUGCGCUGCUAGAGCCGGCGAGGAUGGUGGGAGUAGGCGUGGCGGAGGGGGGCGGCGGCGGCCCCGACGGCUACUACGGCGAGUACUACCCCCCCGAGACGUACUUCGUGCCGCAGGACCUGUGCCCGCACCCCCAGCAGCAUCCGCAGCACGCUCAUAUGUGCACCGUGCACGCUGAAUACGGCGGUAUGCCGGUGGUGCCCUCAACGCCGAUGAUGCCGCAGCUGAUGCCGCAGGUGAUGGACGAGAGCAUGCGGCACUUCUUGGUGGCGCACCCGCACGCGCAACCGCACCCGCACCACGCGCCGCACCACCAGCCGCACCAUCAACCGCCGCACCACCAACCCCCGCCGCAUCAUCAACCGCCACACCAUUAUGGUCCAACUAAUGGUGCGGGAGGACCGCAACAUUUCUAUGGGGCCGGAUAUCCCUCGCACUACCACCAUGUGCCACCCCAUCACAUGCAGCAUUCCCCACCUCCACCUGUCUACCAGAAGGACGAACGGACUCAACGACAGUACUCAAAGCUCAAACAAAAGUUGGAGCGCAAACAAACUAAUAGGAAUAAUGGUAUAGAAGUAAAUUCGGGUGCGAGCACACCAUCGCUGUCGCCGCGUAAGGAGCUGAACGGUCGCGGCGGCGGCAGCGGGGGCGCGUCGUCGGGCGCCUGGUCGGAGGGCGAGGGCUCGUCGGCGGGCGCCAGCGUUCAGGGCGACGACGACAACGACACGCAGGCGGUGCUCGACCUGCUGUCUGCGACGCGGACGCCUCAAGUUAGCGACAUUACUUCAACCAGCGCAUUAGUACAAUGGAACUCUCCGUUGCCGGAGGGCGUCACCCUUCCUAACGUAGACUUAACCUACGACUUGCUGCUCGGCGAUAGAGACGUGAAACGGUACAAAGCUAUCUACAGCGGACCUUCACUAUCAUGUCGAGUCACCGACCUCAGGCCCGGCUGCGAGUACUCCGUGUGCCUGCAGAUCCGAGCGGGCGAGCUCACGGGCGCGGCCAGCGAGGCCGCCACCUUCCGCGCGCCCGCCGCGCCGCCCGAGCGCAUGGCCGCGCCGCGCGUCACCGCCCGCGCGCGCACCACGCUGCAGCUGCGCUGGACCCCGCCCGCCGACAACGGCGCGCGCCUCACGCACUACCUGCUGCACGUGGACGCCGGCGCCGGCUACGCCGAGCUCGCCCGCCCGCGCGCGCGCCAGCACUCCGCCGGCAACCUGCGCCCGCAGACGCAGUACCGCUUCCGCAUCGCCGCCGUCAACGACGUCGGCGCCGGCGACUGGAGCGACGACGCCGUCGCCUGGACCGCCGGCUCGCCGCCGCCCGCGCCCGCCCCGCCCGCGCUGCGCGCCGCCGCCGCCGACUCGCUCGCGCUCGCCUGGGAGCGCCGCGCCGACGAGGAGUUCACGCUGCAGAUGGACGACGCGGCGCGCGGCCACGGCUUCCUGCCCGUCUACAGCGGGCCCGAGCGCGCGCACGUGUGCGCCGGCCUGCGCCGCGCCACCGACUACCGCUUCCGCCUGCGCUGCGAGACCGCCGACGGCCAGGGGCCCUGGUCCGGCGAGGUCGCCUACCGCACGCUGCCCGAGCGGCCCGGCCCGCCCGGCCGGCCCUCGGCGCGCGGCAAGAUCCACUCGCGCGCCUUCCGCCUGCGCUGGGACCCGCCCGCCGACGACGGCGGCGCGCCCGUCGCCAGCUACACGCUCGAGCUGGACGCCGGCGAGGGCUACCGCGCCGCCUACCAGGGGCCCGAGCGCGAGGCGCACUGCGAGCGCCUGCAGCCCGGCACGCCCUACCGCGCGCGCGUGCGCUGCGCCAACGAGGCCGGCGACAGCGACUGGUCCGCGCCCGAGACCGUCACCACCGAGGCGACCGGCCCCGGCGCGUGCUCGGCGCCGGAGCCGGCGGCGCCGCCCCGCGCCACGCUGGUCGCGCUGCGCUGGCGCGCCCCUGAGUGCGUCGGCGGCGCGCCCGUCGUCGAGUACCGCGUGGAGGUGGCCGACGGCGACGGCUCCGUGAGGGUGGCGCACGCCGGGCUCGCGCUCGAGUGCGUCGUGCGCGAGCUCAGCCCCGGCCAGCCCUACCGCGUGUGGGUCACGGCCUGCAACCGCGUCGGCGCCGGCCCGCCCUCGCCCGUGUUCGCCUUCACGACCGCGCCCGCGCCGCCGGACGCGCCCGAGACCCCCACCGUCACCGUCGAGACGCCGCGCUCGGCGCGCGUCGAGUGGAUCGCGCCGCGCAACAACGGCGCGCCCGUGCUCGACUACCGGCUCGAGAUGAGCGCCUCCAACGCGGACGACGCGUUCGCCGAGGUGUACCGCGGGCUCGAGACCACCUGCGUCGUUUCCAAGCUGACGCCGUUCUCGCCGUACUUCUUCCGGGUGUCGGCGACCAACUCGGCGGGUCGCGGCGCGCGCUCCGGGGUGCGCGACGUGCUGAUGCCGCGCGCGCCGCCCGGCGCGCCGACGGGGCUGCGGCACGAGGCCACGGCGGACUCGCUGCGGCUGAGCUGGCGCGCGCCGGCGGCGCACGGGGCCGACGUCCUGCGCUACCGCGUGGAGGUGGGCGACGCGGCGUUCGACACGGAGGACGCGGCGCCGGAGCGGCUGGUGGAGGGGCUGCGGCCGGACACGGCGUACCGCGUGCGCGUGGCGGCGCUGAGCGAGCUGGGCGCGGGCGAGUGGUCGGAGGAGGCGCGCGCGAGCACGCGGCCGCCGCCGCCCGCGCCGCCGCGCCUCGGGGCCGCGCAGGUGGCGCACAACUUCCUGCGGCUGGAGUGGGAGGGCGCCGGCGAGGGCGCGCAGUACUGCGUGGAGAUGCGCGGCGCGGACGGGCGCGAGUUCCGCGCCGUGUACCGCGGCUCGGCGCGCUCGUGCAAGGUGAAGAAGCUGCGCGAGGCGAGCGCGUACGCGUUCCGCAUCCGCGCCAGCGACGAGCGCGGCGGGCGCGGCGCGUGGGGCCCGGCGCUGGCGCUGCGCACGGCCGCCGCGCCGCCGCCGCCG